AUGGGGUGUAUGCACAGCCGAGGGAAUGGUAUCUCAUCAUCGGCGCUGCAGUACAAGAGGGCUCCCCCAGCCUGGCUCAAGACUGUCACCUCCGAUGUGGAUGAGAUGAUUACGAAGGUUGUGAAGAAGGGUGAAAUGCCGUCGCAGAUCAGCGUCCUGCUUCGUGACCAGCACGGUAUCCUGCUCGUCAAGAGCGUCACUGGUGGCAAGAUCCUCCGCAUUCUCAAGGCACAUGAGCUGGUGCUAGAGAUCUCGGAGGACCUGUACUUCAUGAUCAAGAAGGUGGUGGCGAUAAGGAAGCAUCUGGAGAGGAACAAGAAGGACAAGGACUCCAAAUUCAGGCUUAUUCUUGUUGAUAGUAUGAUCUACCGCCUUACCCGCUACUACAAGCACACCAAGAAGCUCCCGCCCACCUCGAAGUAG